CGUCUCGGCCCGCGCGCCAGUCCGCCGCUGCGCGUCCCCCGCGGCACAGGUACUAUGUACGUAUAGUGUUUCGUUGUGCCGUCGCGCGUGUCUUUGUUUAUGUGAUCGAACCAGUGCAGUGCCCCUGGCUUGGUGUUAUUUUAUGGAAAUGUGCGUGCAAGAUGGCUAUGUGUAGUUGAUAUGUCUCUAGGCGCGCCCAUCCAGGCGGUGCGCGGUACCAGGACCAACAGUCUCGACCAACUGGAUUUCCAAGAGCGCCGGCAGCUCAUUGCGAGCUCGCUGUCUCUUACCGACUUUCUUCAUGUCGGCGCUAAAGAAGUGGCCGCCGUUGCCGCUAAAAAACAAAAUGGCUCGGCAGUGCGGACGAACAGCCUCGGGUCGGGCGCCCGGACGCCGCCGGCAGAGCGACCCAAGUCCAAGUUCUCAGCCUUCGGCAGACUGUUUAAACCCUGGAAGUGGAAACGGAAAAAGAAGUCAGAGAAAUUUGAGGCUGCAUCUAGAACUUUAGAAAGGAAGAUAUCCGUCCGUGCAAAUAGAGAUGAGUUAGUUCAAAAGGGAAUCCUUCUACCCGAAAGUCCUGUGACCCCCGUACCUGAAGCUAAUGAGGAGUCCCCGGCGUACGAGGAGUCCCGGGAGGGUCCGGACCGUGUCAUGCAGGGCAUGCACGCGGCGCUGCAGGCGCAACUGGCGCAGCAGUUGGCACAGCAGCAGGCGGCCCUCGCUGCAGCCGUCGCCGCAGCCGCCGCGCACCACCACCAGAACAAUAAUGUUAUAGAACCAAAGAAAGACAAGUUGGAGAAUGGAGGCGAGGCGGUGCGGCCGGAGCGGCCCAACUCACUGUCGGCCGGCAAACUCCCGCGCCGGAUAUGUUAUCAGGGAGAUGUGGGCGGCUACAGCAGCGGCGGCGGCGGCGGCGGCGGCGCGGAGGGCGGCGAGCUCAUGCUGUCGGAGCUGCCGGAGCCGCCCAUCGCCCUGUCCGACAUCGGGCCCAUCCCGCCCCCGCCCAUGUUCAGCUCGCCCAGCCCCACCCGACACCACGCCAACACGCAUUCCGACUCUUGCACUUUCGGGAAGGCUCUGGCUGAAGAGGAGGAUGAUCAAGAGGACGACGACGUGGAUCAGGCGACCGACACGACGCGGGUCGAGGAGAUUCCCUCCAAGGAGCCCAUAUUCAACGCCAUGCCCCUGAAGUCGGCCCUGAAGAAGAGGCCCGCCCCCACCGCGUCGCCCGCCGCCACCCCGUUAGCCACGCCCCUCGCGCCCCGACAGGACCAUCACCACACCAGCUUUAAGCGACCGCCGCCAAAGCCGAGGAUCCGAAUAUGCAGCAGCCGAGCCGUACGCGUCGGCGGUGCUCUCGAGAACAAGGAGAACGCCCGGCCGUGGGAGACGCGUGAGAGCGGUGCGGGGGGCGCGGGCGACGACGACCCCGACCGCGUCGCCGCCAAGCUCGCUCGCAAGGAGAGCCUCAACAUCAAACUCGCGCUGCGCCCCGACAGACAGGAACUCAUUAACAGGAACAUCCUGGUGGUGCAGAGCGAGCACGAGCGGCAGGAGUCGUGGGAGGCGAUCGGCGCGCGCCUCAUCCGCCGCCUGUCCAUGCGCCCCACGGCUGAGGAGCUCGUCGAAAGGAACAUACUCAAAAGCCAGUCUCCCGCAGAAGAGAAGAAGCAAAAGGAAGAAAAGAAACGAUAUCUCCUCCGCAAGCUCAGCUUCCGCCCCACCGUCGACGAGCUCAAGGAGAAGAAGAUCAUCCGCUUCAGCGACUACAUCGAAGUCACUCAGGCUCACGAUUAUGACCGGCGAGCGGACAAGCCGUGGACGCGCCUGACGCCGCGCGACAAGGCCGCCAUCCGCCGCGAACUCAACGAGUUCAAGAGCUCAGAGAUGGCUGUGCACGAGGACAGCAAGCACCUCACCAGAUUCCAUAGACCAUGACGGCUGUGCCAUAGCGAAGGAAAGUCUCGCGGACAGCGGGCGCUCGCCUGAGUCCCGUAACCGCAUCUAGCGGUCGCCGCCUGAACUACGUCAGCGUGCGGACUUGCGUCGCGUCGCCAGCCGUGCGUGCGCGGUCGCCUCACUACCCAUUACUCGCCGAUCAUUCGAUUACUCUGCACAAUCAUCAUUGGCGAACGUUCGUGGAUUACCAACCAGUCAUUUCAAUACGAAUCAAACGUGACUCGAUUGCUCGUCUCACACACCAUGCAAUCGGUACCUCCAGCAUUGUUCAUCGUAAAUACGUACUCAUCUUUGGAUCUUUCGGCUGUCCUACAGCUACGGAUUCUUGCCCUAAAAUGUUCUAAAAUUGUCUGAUUAUUUAUUAAUUAGUGAUGGAGUAAGUUUUAUGUUCGGUCAGCGGCUCGCGCGUGCCGACGGUUUGCACAAUCUUUAUCGAUUAGCGGUCGCGUCGAGUGCGGCUCAUUACGAUGGUAAUAAUCUAUAUGUUAAGUAUUGUAAGCGUACAUAUACAUUCUUGAAUUGACCUUCGCGAAAGGUUAGUGAUAUGUUUGUUGUGGUGGAGUUUAAAGCUCAGUGAGAUUGAUUUUUGUUACGGUGAUGUAAUAGAUGAUGUUUUUAUCGAUCUUCCAUUUAGUAUUAAACGAUUAAUUUGCAUCGAAUUUCCUGUGUGACUUCAUCUGCAAAUCGAUGAGUCACCGAGGCGCGAGACGGCAAACACUUUCGAACUAAAAAUGUACAUCUGUUACAUCACAUGUAAUGUAGAAAGUUAUGUAGACUUGUGAUUUUUAUUAUAUUGCUAGUUCAUAGCUUUUUAGUCGUUUAUGAUUGAAUCGAUUUUAUUAUAUUUAUUUCAAUUAGAAACAAUUUUAUUGUCACAAUGUUUUAUUUUAUCGAUAUUUGUUAAGUCGGACGUGAAUCAAUUUUGAAAAUGGUAUUUAAAAUACAUAUAAUCGCUUUUGUUUGAAUUCCGCUAGAAAUACUCGCUUUUAAUCGCAGUCGUGAUCGUGAAUUAGAUAAUUUAGGAGAAUUGAUAAUUUUAAUAUAGCAAGCUUGUGACUCGUGAAAGGCAGUGUUGCCACAUACACUAUUUUAUUACCCAUGUAAAAUAUUGUGGAAGCAAUUACGGUUUUAUUGGAUAGCGCUUUUAUACUUUGCCUACGAUUAAAUAAAGCUAUUGCUCAAAUAGUGGACUCCAAGCGCCAUGAGCGCUUCUGUGCGUAAAUACCUAUUGCAUCGUCGAUACAUUCUGUACGACUCACUAUUUUACUCUAUUGACAUUCAAAUGCUGAAAUCCCCUCGUAAGCGAUAAAAGAAACUGUAAUUAUAAAAAUAAAGACAUUAAUAAUGUUACAAGAAACGGAAAACAGUCAACAGUUUAUUUGUUAAUGGUUUAAAAAAUAUGUGACUAGGGUGCAUAUUAGGCAUCCUUAAAAUUACACACAAAUACCGUUCGGUAUGCUGACAUUAACGCCUCUAGUCCACCGACGCUGCGAACUGCGAAAUAUCUGCGAAACCAAUGCGAAACAGGAAUAUAAGGCGAGAUGCGAUAUAACGCAUUGUCGUGUGGCGGAUGAGACAGUAAAUCGGUUCGCCGCUUUUCGCAGUUCGCAGCGUCGAUGGACCAGAGGAGUAACAAAACUUGAACCUGUUGACGUUUGUACCGUUUAGUCACAAUGUGGAAUAAAUGUGAGACCGCACUAGGCGACACUGCACUGCAGCGGAGCGACGCGACACGACACGGCAAAAUAUUCUUGACAUGAAAUCGUAUAGCUCAUACGAUUUGUAAUAAUAAUAGUUAAUGGGCAGCGGCAAAAUCUAGCUAUACUGUCGCAAAACUACCACGCAGCGGCGCUACGCGACACAAAACGUCAGUCCUAUGGAAUGUGAAGUGUCGCUUAGUACGGUCUCGCCUCAAAACAAUGUAUAGGAAUGCUCUCCAUUACGUCCCCUUAAUUUUUUUCACAACUCGGCGGGAACAACUUGUUAAUUAUCGUAUCGCUCUUAGAUUAGGUGUAAUAAUAAUUUAAUUGAGACGAAACUAUGAACGAUGUAUUUAAGCCAUUCUUAAAAUGAUGCAUGUUAACGAAAGUAUAGUUAUAUUUCUGAAGGUAUCUUGGUACGAACAUGUUCUACCUGAAGUGCAUGAGAUUGGAUACAAAAGUUGUUAAUAAAUUCUUAUAUUUUUGCUUUACUACGACUUAGUUUGUAAAUAAAAGUAAAAGGUAAAGGCACACUCUUGAAUAUGGCUGUACUUCGUUGGAACUUGUAACAUUAUAUCGCUUCGAGAUUACUCGAUUUCAUAUUACCUUAUUUAUUAUCGUAGUAUUUAGCAAUAAUGCUGACGCGUUUACCAUUUAGUUGAUCGUGAUGUGCUUUAAGAUUAUUUUAUAUGUGAUUAAAGUCGUAACGUAUAGGUAGAUUGCAUUUUAAUUCGUUCAGCGGUGGUGCCAUUAUACACGUUUUGGAAAUGUUCGAAAAUACAGUUUUAUAAUGAUGGAAAACGAUGGCGGCUCCAAAAUGGCCGUGAAAAAAAGUGUUAUGCGGCUUUUCCACGUUGGCUCAUGAUGGUAAUACAAGCGCUUACGAACUUUUUCGUCUCUGAUUGCUCAUGAUCAAUGUCAAUUGUUCAUGCUAUAGAGUGUUUCGCAAGCAUAUUUAUCGAUCAUGACUCAACGUAGAUUGGGCCUGUAUUUAUAAAGCUUCCGU